AUGCAUUUAGCAGUGAGAAUGGCCGCCAUGCUCGCGAGUCUGCACGGGUCACCGCAGCAGUCUCAGGGAUGGGAUGCAUUCCAUCCCGGCACCCUUAACCUCUCCUUUCCCUAUGGUCACAUCGAGCCUCUGAAGCAAUGGCAGCCAAAGGCUUACGCAAAAAGAUUGGAGGAUGUGAAGCCUGACAAGAAAAAGGGAGCCAGCAGAAUGCAGGUCAAGCGCGAGGCACAGAAGGCCAUGCUGGCCAGGUGCAAAUCGAACAACUCUGCAGGCCAGUCCUUCGCAAUGCUGCCGCCCCCUUACGCUCCCCUGGGGUUUGUCGGCAGUUCCACAGGGGACGGGGCCCAAUGUGACUCCUUGAAGCGCAAGUAUGAUCAGGCUUUGCCAGCAUUGGAUGAGCAGCUCUCAAGCAAGCGCUCCCUAGUGGAGAGCGCGUGGCCAGUGGAGUUAGCAGGCUUCGCUGCGGGUCAGAGCGUGUGGCGGUUGCGGGGUGGAGGGCAGGCAGCGCAGGAUGAGGCCUCAGAGGAUCCCCCUGCAGAGGGGGGGACCCAGAAUCAGGCGGAAGCUGAGGGGAGCCAGCAGGCAGGCCAGCGGGUAGACGCAUUGAUCUCUGAGGUUGCAAGUAUGAUGGAGAGUGCACAGAGGGGGGGACAAGCAAGUGAGGUUAUGCUCCGCCUCAACAGGUUGGAAAGCAUCCCCUCUCUCCCGCGGUUCAACAGUCUAGAGCUGGCAGACGAGAUGUUUGCAGACAUCCUCAAGUGGGAUCUUCCCAAGGGAGAAGAGCGUACAGUGGAGGUGAAGGAGGGGGAGGUUGGGAGGACAAGGGGGGGCGGAGUGGAGAGCGACGAUGCGCAGGUGGAGGAGUUUCUGAAGUCCCUGGACCCCGCUUUGGCAAACCGGGAGCCGGUCGCGAUCCAGGAUCAGUUGCAGAAGUCGGCUGCGGAGGGAAAAGAUGGGGCCGAGGGGAAGCAGCGCGCGGGGGCGAGGCCUGUAUCCGUGCGGGGGGGUGCGAAAGAUUUAGGCGAUGCUGGAGAGAACAAGUCGGAGGGUACAGCGUCGGAGCAGGCUUCGCAAGAUCAGGCUGCAGCGGGGGAAGGGUUGAAACACUCUGGCAGCGGCGAAGCCGCUCAGCCAUCAAAGCUGCAGAGCGCAGAGGCAGUCCCUGGGAAGCAGUCCGGUGGAAAGCCCGAGGUGCAGCCCAAGCAGGGCCCUGCCAUCUCACAAAAGCCGAUGGUGCGGUCCCCAAGGGCGGGAGAGGAGAAACCUAGGCAGCUAGUGCGUCCCAGUCUGGACAUCCUUGCGCAGGCGUCCGCCAGUUUCGGUCCCACGAGCCCUGUAGCCAGCAAGGACAGCCUGGAGUCCCCAGAGUCACCGAUCCUGAGCAGCCUGGGGGGGGGGCCGCGGCGCCCCAAGCUCACCCCCCCGCAGCAGGAGAAGUUGCGGGGGUUUGCAGCCAAGGUGCACUGGAAUUGGGGGGCGGCGGAGGGGACUGGCGAGGCGCGCCAGCUGUGUGCUGAGUUGGGGAUUGACAUGAGGCAGAUGAAGCGUUGGGUGGAAAGUCACCGACCCAAGGACGUUGCGCCGCCGCCUCCUCAGGCGGUGCCGUUCAUGGGGUGGGGGGUGCCACCAGGGGUGGGGAUGAUGAAUCCAGCCUACAUGUCCUAUAUGGCAGGAAGCCCGAUGGCUUUUCCGGGGGCGUGGCCUGGCAUGCCCCGCCCCCCCCUGGGGGAUGGGUCGUGGGGAGGGGGGCCACCCAUGGGCCCCAUGGGCCAGCCGUUCAACCCCACAAUGCAGGCGCCGUUUACUCAGCCGUUGCUUGGGCCCAGUUUCCCGGGACCGCCGUUCUUGCCGGGGGGUUUUGCCAGCACAGGGUUUGGUGGGGGAGCGCCAGGGGGGCCUCUGAGCGCCCCAGCGGCCACCCCCCUGAAUGUGGAUGAGAAUCAAGAGUUGGUGGCAUCAGCUGAGGCGCUGGGGAAGCUGUUGGGCGACCGGGUGAACACCAUCCCCCCUGAAAAGUUGAAGGAGAUCCUGGCGGCCUGGAUGGCGCACAAGCGCAACAAGCGCGAGCAGGAAACAGUCCCGGCAGCCCGGGAGGCGCCACUUUCCGGCGCGGGGGGGACCAAGCGCAAGGAGCCCGAGCCCCUAGCGCACCCCCCUGCCGAUGAGCCGUCGGAGGGUAGCCUGUUGCAGUUUUCGAUCCCGUCACUUGAGCGGGGGCUCUCCAACGCGCCCUCGAUCUCGACCCUGCUAGCUGAGGAACUAGCGUCGGCAGCUGCGGAGGACGGGGGGCUUGGCAAAGAUGGCGAUGGAGCCCCGGGGGGGGCGUUUAAGGGGCAGGGGGCGAGCCGGGAUCCCUCGCUGAGCGUGCUCUUGCAGGAGAUUGGGGGGGCGAUGGAAGAAGCACCGAAGCGGACGAUGGGACCGCUCGAGAGGCAGGUGUUUGGCGUGGACGAGGACAAUAUGCAGAUGGGGCCAGCGCCGGAGUCAGGCGAUGACGAAUCCGCAUCCUCUUCCGACGAACCCUCCGAGCGGCGGCCCGGGUUGCGCCCCCGGUCAAAGCGGCGCCGGUUUGCCGAGUCUUCCGCUGAGGAGGAAGAAGAGGAGCCGGAGGAGCCGCAGUCGGAGGAAAACGAAGAACCGGGGGUGGAUGAAGAAGUGUUUCCCCAUGAUCCGGAGGGACGCGCAGAGGGGGGCCAGUGGCAGCUUGGUACAGGGCUUGAGGAUCGGAGGCUGCCCCCCCCGCUAGGUUAUCAGGGCCACGUGGGACAGACGGGGAUACGGGCUGUCCUUUUUGAGAAGGCGCUGACGGCCAGUGACACGAGCCACCUCGGUCGGUGGGUGCUCCCCAAGCUGGCUGCUGAGCGCUACAUGCCGUACAUGGAACACAGGGACGGGACGUUCAUGCUGGUGGAGGAUAGCAAGGGCGGCCGCUGGUGCUGCAAGUACAGGUGGUGGCCAAACAACAAGAGCAAGAUGUAUGUCCUCGAGCAAACGGGCGACAUUGUGAAGCAUUUCAAGUUGCACCCGGGCGACACCAUCCACUUCUGCCAGUCUGUAGAAGGCCACCUGAUGAUAUACGAGCAGAAGAAGAACAGCAAGCAAAGGCCCCCCGUCGCCAGCGCGGCGUCCCCUGCGCCCCUCCCCAAGCGCUACGCCAAGCGUGUGCCCAUCGAGCCAAAACCCUCCCCCAAGGGUUCCCGUAAGCAGCUGAAGGCCCCCAAAGCGCCCCGUUCCCCGCCGCCCCCAAAAGCGGCGUACAAGCUCCCGAGCCCCUUCGCUCGGGUCUCAACGCGAGGCCGCACGAUUCGCCCCUCGAGCCGCCUCCGCCGAGGGGGGGACGGGAACCCCGAGAACGGCUCCCCCGCUUUGGUUUAUAACGCAUCUGCCGGACAGGGCCUUGCGGGGCGGCUUGUUUCGCACGAGUGGCGCGGGUCGGCGAUGCUCUCACCAGGGGGGUCCGGGAAUGCGGCUUCGGACACCCCCGAAGUGGGCGUCGACCCGUGGGGCGCCGACGAGCUGCUCGGCCGGGGGGAGGGCACCGCCCAGAUCAACGAGCUGGCCCGCCACUUUUUGCAGCAGACGAACCCCGGGGGAGCCGGUCGGGGGGGUCUCUCCGCAGGCGUUCCACGCCCCCUGGCGCGGACUGGCUCGGCAGAUUUGGCGAACGAGAUUUUGGCGCUGACAAACAGCGGCCGGGAGGUCGGGCCGCGCGAGUUGAGCCCCCUUGGGGCGCCCUCGCGGCAGGGGAGCUUGACACCAGUCCUGCAGCGGACUAAGAGCAGCGAGAGCCUGCCGUUCUCUGUGUCAAACUUCCCGCCCAUCCCGACGGGCCUCGAAAGCCUCAGCCGCAGCAGCAGUUUGAAUCGAACGGCGAGCCUGGCGCGCGCGGGCAGCCUGCUGAGCCGGCUGCCGUCGGAUCUGGAGGCACUGAGCAAGAUGGACAACUUCCCGUCGUUCGACUUUGCGGCCACGCCGCCCUUGCCCGUCGAGUCAGCAUUUCAACCAUACGGGGGCACUCCCGGCCGCCAGGCGAAUGCGGCCGUGGCAACCGCAGGCGAUGCGGCCCAAAAUCGGCGGAGAGCCGGAUGAACGCGUCAAGAAAGACAGCGGAACUUGUGCAUACAGGUGGGCCGGGACGCCCUUACAGUUUUAGAGCACGCUUAAGGACAGGACGGAUCAGCAGUCGGAUGCUUAGAAUGCAGGCGAAGUGGCCCCCCUCAGUCGAUAGACGGGCUUGCAUCCCUGCUCAGCGGUAAGGGACCUGAGCGCGGGUUCCCGUCACUUCCAGAUGCGGAGAGUGGGCGCUGAAGGUGCUAUUGCAUGUGGGGAAACCACUUGAUCAUGUUUAUUUUUAGUUGCUAGGAGAUCAGCGAGCCUCGAGCGCGCGCAAGCUACGGAGGCCUUUUGAGCGGGUCGUGUUCAAACCUACGGGAGCGGAAGAACAUGUACCCUGGCUGAGCCCAGUUUUGACCACAUCUUUGUGUCCUCAUUCCUCCUUCUUUGGGGGUACCAUGUUGCAAAGUAUACUUCCCAGUCAUGUCAUGUCGAGGGUGCAAUUGCUGAACUGAUUCGCAGCCUAAACAUUGACGUGCCCCAUCUGGAUGAAACAUGUCAAAGAUUUGCAGGAGUGUUACAAAC